AUGAGACGGAAGAAAAUGGAAGAAGCUCCUGCUAUUCCGCAAACCACUGAACUGCUGUAUUCGACCCUCCUCCAGCGCCUCGAUGAACAAGAGGGGAAGCAGAAUUUCAUUAUUCAAGGUCUGCGGUCUCUCUCUGAGAGGUUGGAUGCACAGCAAUCUGAGAUUCCUGAGGGGUCUACUUCGUCAGUAACUCCUGGUAAUAGAGAUUUUUCCCAUGACCCAAAAAUCCCCUUUCCUGAUAAGUUUAGUGGGGAUAGGGGUAAAUUUUUUGUUUUUCAAGAGGCUUGUAAGUUAUACCUCAGUUUUUUCCCUCACAACUUCCCUACUGGUGAGGAUGAAGUAAGGUUCGUUAUGACCUUACUACAAGGUGACCCACAAGUCUGGGCACUAAGAUUACCCUCCUCUGACCCUGCCCGUUUAUCCCUAGAAGCAUUUUUUGCUACCAUGGCCAUGUUAUACGAUGACCCGGAUCGUGCUAGUUCUGCCGACUCCGCUAUUCGUAAACUCCGUCAA